AUGUCCUCUUCAGAAACAGAAUCUUCUAGUGCCUCUUACUCGAGUUCUGAUGAAGAGGAAAAGACUAGUGGAACCCAUGAAGUAGACUCUAAAUCAACCAAAACUGACGCUGAUGAAGGAACCACAAACAAUAAGAGUAACAAACAAACCGAGGAAGCUAAAGUAGAUGCUAAAAAAGAUGAAAAAUCUGAAGAAACUAACGAGGAGAAUGACAACACCAGUGAGGACGAACUAGUUAUCGAAUAUACUGUCGAAACAACUAGAGAAGAAGCUCAACCCAACGCAGAAGGGAAGGAGACAAACCAUGAACAGCCUAGUAAUUCCUCUAAUUCUGAAAAGAAUGUAAAAGAUGAAGACAAGAAAACACCCACUCCAGAUACAGUAAAGACGGAACAGGCAUCAAAUGUUUUAACUCCAAUUGCUAUUGAGGCCCCACCUCAACCGGGUUCAAAUGGGGAAGUUGUAGAAGAGGUUCCACGCUCCGUAAAAGAACAGAUUGCAAUUUUCGCAAAUUUGAAUAUUCAGGAGACUCAUGGUAAACCGAAACCUGGAGUAUCUAGCGCUUUCGCAGGGAAAUCAAACAAUGCAGUCAAGACUCCAUUGGUACAUUCUGCUCAAGCUCCAACAAAUGUUUCUUCGGUUAAUAGCGCCGCGGUUUAUUCAAACGCUAUGCCAAAACCUUUCGAAGUGGCUACUAACAAUAAUGUUAUUAAACCGGUCAAUAAACAACCAGUCGAGUUCAAUCAGACACAAAGACAGCCCGACGGAACUACCUUUGAGCGACCUCAACCCCUGGAUAGACCUAGUGUUCCUCCUCCACAACCAAAGAAAUUUGUCAUCAAUAAGGGCUUCACUUCAUCAACGGCUCCAAUGACUUUCGGAACACCUUUUAGUAAUGCCAAUCAACCAACGAAGGCUUCACCUGAGGUCACCCCAUCUCAGUACAUCGGACCGGAUGUGAUUGCUCAAACAUCCAGGCCACCUAUGAUGAUUCGAUUAAGGCGACCAGGACCUGAAGCGCCCUGGGGUUUCGCUGUGUUUGGAGGUGCUGAUUAUGGAUGUCCGCCCUUCAUUAGUAGGGUGAGUCAAACUAUGAAUUUUAAGCAAUUGCAUAAUAUCAAUUAG